AUGAAGGGAUUGCACGAGGAGCUUUCCAAUCUCGAUGGAGGACGAGUACUGGGAGAAGACGAUUCUGCGACAGAGCUGGACUCCUACUACACGUACUCUUCAUCGCCAGCUCCCGGAAUGGACGACAAUGGAGGCGCGAUCUAUGGGCUGGCGGGCGGCUUCCUCGACGAGAGCGGACGAUCGUAUUCGAAUCUCAGCACCAGGGAUGUGGAAGAGCUGCAGCGCGUUCGCGUAGCGGUCCCUGAGGGCGAAGAAGACGACGCAGCGCUGUCAGAUUUCGAUUCAGACAUCUCAGAUGACGAGACCGCGACAGAGGGGGUCGACGCCUCCAGCGUGGUGGAGGGCGCCAUGUCGGGCGGCACACACGUCGAGUCGCCCGCGCGGGUGGGCGGCGUCACGCUCGAAGACAUCGACGACCUCAAGAAGAGCGCCUACGAGCUCGAGAACGAGUUCAAGUUCGACUUUGCCGAUAACGUCAUGCCCUCGUUCGUCGAGAAGAAGGACAAGGACGACGCCGUCUUCGAGAAGUUGAUGAAGGAGAACGAGGGCAGCGGUGGAGGAGGCAUCAGCGGUCCCAUCCCAACACCCUACAGACGAAAGCCGGUCCAGUUCAACUGCUUCGAUGGUCUGAUAGCAGACCUGAAGGAGUUCCUGGGCGCGACGCCCUUCAUCUGGCUCUACCUCCUCCUGCUGGGCAUCAUCACCGCCGUCAUCGGAGGCAUGAUGGACUGGGCCAUCAUCUACUGCCAUCGCUUGCGUUACUAUCUGGCGCGAGCGCCACACAACUACUGGGAGGACUGGUUCAUGUGGGGCUCAACGACGCUCUUCUUCACCGCCUUGGCCAUAGCCGCCUGUCAGCUCAGUCCAGUCGCGCAGGGAAGCGGUAUACCGGAGAUCAAGUGCAUUCUCUCUGGCGUGAAGCUCAAAGGGCUGCUCAGUUUCAAGACGCUCAUGGCCAAGGUGCUCAGUCUCACGUUCGGCCUGUCGAGCGGUUUGAUGAUCGGCAAGAAGGGACCCUUCGUGCACGUCUCCUCCAUGAUCGCCAACCUGCUCUCCAAAGUCCGCCCUUUCCACCUGAUCCGCGAGAAUCCACAGCUGUAUCAGCAAAUGAUCGCAGUCGGGUGCGGCAUGGGCGUGUCUUCCAAUUUUGGAGCCCCCAUCGGAGGCGUGCUGUUCAGUAUAGAGGUCACCUCCACCUACUACCCGGUCCGAAACUACCUGCUCACCUUCCAAUGCGCCGUGAUAUCAGCCAUCGCCUACCAGUUUGUGAGUUGGCAGUCGGCCACGGCGCCCACCAAUUUUCCUCGCGACUGCUGGGUGUACACCGAGCUCCUGUUCCACGGCGCUCUGGGUGUCGUGUGCGGCUUGGGUUCGGCGGCCCUGGUCAAGCUGAUCUGCCAGAUCAUCCUCAAGCGAAGGUGGUUCGCCGGCAUGGCCGGCCCGGGCAAGGGCUCGGCAUUCCUCGUCUGGCGCGCCAAGAUCGUCAAAUGGCUGUCCCAUCCCUACGUCUAUUCGCUGUGGGUCAUCCUGGGAACCGCCAUCAUCACCUUCCCGGGCAACUUCUACUUCAUGUCGCUACCGGGCCUGUCGUCACUCAAGGAGAUGAUAUGGCUGGGACCCCUGGACACCCGGCCGGGCGGCGCCAAGGACUGGGACACCCACUUCCCCGUAGUCGUGAGCAUCCUCCUCUUCACCGUCUCGCGCUUCUUUGGUCUGGCGUUCUCGGCGUCGAUGCCGAUUGCGUGCGGCCUCUACGCGCCGGCGCUGAUCGUCGGGGCCGGAGUGGGGCGCGCCACGGGCGAGCUGCUGAAGGGCGUCUUUCCCGAUGGGUUGGCGUUCUUCCCGCAGGACAAGGUCUAUGAAAUCCUCCCCGCCACCUACGCCGUCAUCGGCGCGUCGGCCUUUGCCGCUGGCAUGUCGCACACGCUGUCCAGCGCGAUCAUCAUCAUGGAGAUCACGGGCCAGAUGCACCUCCUCUCCCCCAUCAUCCUGGCGACGUCGAUCGCGUUCAUGGUGUCGCGGGCGUUCACGCCGUCGAUCUACGACGCGGUGACCAAGAUCAAGGGCCUGCCCUACCUGCCCGACCUCGAGCACAGCAUGUUCGACAUGACGGCCGACGACAUCAUGGAGCGCAACCCGCUCUCCAUCCCCAUCAACGCCAGCCCGCCCAAGGUCGCCAAGAUCAUGCGCAAGUACAAAGACAAACCCACGUUCCCCGUCAUCGAUGCCGAAGUCGCGCAUGUUGCUGGGCUUCGUGAAGCGGAAGGACCUGAUCCGUUGGCUGGUGAUAUCCACCACCGAACCGGACGAUGGACAGAGCACCGACUUUGA